AUGUUUCGACUGCGCUUGGGCCGUUUGGGGCUGGGACAGCGGUGCUAUGCUCAAACGCCAAAACCGCCCUACUGGGCUGUGAUCUUCACCAGCGAACGGACAGCAAACUCCAAGGGCUAUGAUGCCAUGUCCCAGCGUAUGGUUCAGUUGGCUGAGCAGCAGCCGGGCUUUCUGGGGGUUGAAAGUGCCCGAGAGACGUUGGGCAUCACAGUGAGUUAUUGGGCCUCAGAAGAAGCCAUCGUUGCAUGGAAGGCGAAUGCCAGCCACGUCAUCGCGCAAGAAAAGGGCAAGCGUGACUGGUACAAGAGCUAUAGCACUCGCAUUUGCCGCGUGGAGCGAGACUAUCGGUUUCAAAAACACGGCGAAGAACAUGAAGAAACGAAGAUCGAAUAUUAG